GGCGAGAUUGCGCAUGCGCAUUCAUAUCCAAAUAAACGCCAUAUUCUGGUGUACAAAUGAGUGAAAACGAGAAUGUCAACUUUUGCAGAUUUCUUUUGGGGAGAAAAAAACAAUGGCUUUUAUGUAUUGUACCAUAACAUGAAAAAUGGCCAAACUUCGAGCAAAGAACUUAUUGAUUUCCUGAGAGAAAGUUGUCAAGUGGAGGAAAGUUAUAGUAAACUUCUUACUAAACUUGCCCGCAGUGCCAGCAACAAUUCUCAUGUUGGGAGCUUUGCCCCCUUCUGGCAUGUGCUGAAGAGCUUGGUGGAGAAGCUGGCCAACCUCCACAUGCAGCUGGUGCACACGUGGUCAGACCUCAUCAAGGACAUUGUCCGCUACAAUGAGGAACAACACAAGCGUCACAAGGCGAUGAAAGAGAGCGAGGCUGGCACAUUAGAAAUUGUUCAAAGUAUCCAACACACAACAGUAGCUGUACACAAAGCCAAAGAAAUCUAUCACACACGCUGUGCAGAAUUGGAGCGAUUAAGGAGAGAAAAUGCAUCUCAGAAAGAUAUAGAAAAGGCAGAAACAAAGUACAAAAAAGCAUGUGAUGAAUAUAAAAACCUUGUAGAUAAGUUUGCUAAUGUCCGGAAUGAAUUUGAGAAAAAGAUGACAAAUUCUUGUUGUCGCUUCCAAGAGCUAGAAGAGGAACACAUCAGUCAGAUGAAGGACUUCAUUGACACAUACGCCAGAAGCUGGGAGAAUGAACAUGUUGUCCUUGGACAGGCUUACCAAGAACUGAAGAGACACUCUGAUGAGCUGACCAUACAGAAGCUAAUAACCACCUUAAUAGAACAGAAAAAGACGGGGUCUAAGAAACCAGCCUCUAUUGAUUUUGUUGAGUUUGAUUUAACAAAUAUACCCAAUCCAAGACCAAUGUCGCCAGAACCCAAUGACAAGAGAGAUAGUCUGUCUGAUAAACAGAAGCAAGAUGCAGCUUUGUUUUCUGAUUCUAGUGGAACUCCCAGCCCUGUGCUGUCGGAUCAGCCGGGCCCUCUCAGCCGAAGUGUCAAACUGCGCGUCUCCCGCACAUGGUUUUUAAAAUCGAAAACAAAAAAGAAAGAAAAGAAGAAAAAGAAGAAAGAAAAAGAUGAGAAAGAUACAGAAUCUGUAGAUACUACCGAAAACCAAGAUGAUGGACCAGCAGCGGAAGUCGACGAAGAAGGCUACACAAUAAGACGAGAAGUUUCAGACAACAAUGGUGACAAGAACAGUUGGUACUCCAGUGAUAGUGAAACAGAUUCAGAUGGCGACGAUACCCGAAGAAAGAUCAAGGUAGAGAUCCGUCCCCUGUCUCCAAAUGGUGCUACCCCUACAGGAACAGUGGAGGAUAUCAAGGCCUCCGUCGAGGGGCUCCGCCUCUCCCCCACAGCAGCGCGACGAAGGAGUCAAACUCCGAUAGAUAAGAAGAUGAAACGAUCACAAUCUGAGUCUGAUACUUUAGAUGCAAUCAAACCUAGUCAAGAUCUCCUGAACCUGGACUUCCUGGUGUCGUCGUCCACCGCUUCCACCCCUACUGGCAGCACUGGUAACUACAACCUGCCCUCGCCGCUGUCGCCCCAAACACAAAUCAACUGGAACAGUGCCUCGCCAAGCACAGUUACCUCCCCUACAUCAGCUUCAACCACCUUCAAUGAGUUACUGGGUCAUGAUGUCAGUGGCAGCAGCACGGGGCGGAACACUCCUUCUGUCUCUAGUCAGGUCUCAUCACCCCUAGGGGGCAUCAAUCUAACUUCAGCCAUCGCGAGACCACCUUCACGGAACAAGGGUAUUUUCUCUCAGUCUAAGACGACGGGUCAGAACAGUCCGAUCCCAAUAAUCUCUCGGUCCGAGAGCAGCGGCAGCGUGACGUUCAACACUACCUCCAUGCCCAUUGGCUCCUCCCGCGGUCCCAGUCCACUGACCAUCGGCAUGUCCGACACCGUGCCCCUGGCAGUGGCCUUCACAGAGACCAUCAACGCCUUCUUCAAGGGUCACGAUGCAACAAAGUCCAUCUCAGGAGAAGGGGUAGCUAGAAACAGAUGUGCGGUGAAAACAACGGGCAACUUGAUGAUGUCAUUCCCUGCUGGUAUCGUGAAAGCAUUCACAGAAAACCCUUCACCAUCAGCGCUCAGCUUUAGAAUACGCAAUGCAGCUAAACUGGAACAAGUCAUGCCAAACACCCAGUUGUUAGUCAAAGACAAUGACCAGAGUACAGCAGACAGUCACGUGUUCCAGUUUGACAUGGGAGCUCUUGUCGACCACCUUCGGCAUCAGGGGGAACAGAACAAAACAGCAUCUUACUUCAAUAUUGAUAUCAUUAAAUACCAGGUGCGGGCUCACCCUGGCGUUGAGAGCACUCCUCUACCUCUGGUUGUGUACUGGAAAUGCGAGGACAAGAACACCGAGUAUCGCCUCGACUACCGUUACAAUGCCAGCUCCAUGGCUUCCGCUGCAACGCUCAAGAAUGUUCUUGUUGCUGUCAAUAUCAGUGGAGGCGUCACCAAGAUGCAGAGCAUUCCCCCUGGGCACUGGAAUGAAGAGAACAGUCGAGCAACAUGGAAGUUGAACGACAUCUCCGAGGUGAGCGAGCAGGAGAGCCAGGGAUGUAUCCGGUCCAAGUUUGAGCUGAAGACAGGUCCAAGUGUGCCAUCCACCACUGCCCUACAGUUCAUGUGUGAGGGCACCACACUGUCAGGGGUGGAGUUUGAACUAGUUGGGCCAGGCUAUAGGAUAUCACUAGCAAAGAAGAGGUUUGCCUCAGGAAAGUACUAUGUCGACCCUGAACCCGACAAUAAGUUAGUAUGACGGCAACUUUGAAUAUUAUAGAGUAGCUAUAUACACAAGGGUUCCUUUUCCACUUUAAACUGUGAUUUUAAGCUAAUUCCAGUAAUUUGUUGUUGGAGAAGGAGCAUGAGGAUCUGUGAUAUUAAUAUCAGCCUGACCAGGUACCGUGUGCUACCUACAAGCAGAUCUCCCACAGUAGAUUCCCAUUCCUGACCCCCAAGUCCACAUACAGGAGAAGCAGGAGCAUACACACCAUAGCCUCCUCUGUCCAGCCAUGCAGGGGGACAGGCCCUCAGAUGGCCACGCCCAUUCAGACCCAAUCAGAUGGGUACAUUGACCACACCGAUCACUUAAUAGAAACAUGCAGCAGAUCACACAUUAUUGACAGAACUACAUUUCUUACUAUUUUAUACAGUCACUUCCAUGAGAUUUCAGGAGAUCUUAUGUAAAUAUAUGAUAAAAUCUAGGUUGUUUUUAGUGAUUUUUGUUGAAAGUAUUUGUUAAUGUGACAUUCUGGCAUGGCUAUGUAUACUGGUACUGUAUUCAGAUGUGAUAACAUUAACUGUAUGUCCAGUAUGUAGUACAUAUGUUGUGAGGUUAAUAACAUGGCGACAACAAAAUUAUGUUAUAUCAAGAACUUUAUCAAUACAACUACGGAAUGCCAAAUAUAGAAUCCAUGUUAUUUUAAUACACAAGAUGUAAGUGAUGUGAAUUAUCAACUAUGGUGCUUCUAGCUUGUGUGUUCCGGGACCUAUCCCUCAAAACAAUCCUAUUGCGUGCCAUGAUUAUCAUGACAGCCAUUAACUUAGACUUGUACUUGUCUUAGCACUAAGAUUGCUUUGUGGAACGGAGCCACUGGCCACAUUCUGCAAGUUUAUCUUAGCAUCACGACUGUGAUACAUCUGUGUUGAAGGAGAAGAUAUACGACAGUAAUGGCACUUAAAUUGGUUUGUUGAAUAAGGUCCUGUAUGGGUGGAACAUGUAUCUUUAACAAUGUUUGAAACUAAGCAGGCAAGUAGAAGACCCUGUCAUUAUCCUAAUGUUAAAAUCUUAAGAUUUUGGGGGUCCUUACAUUCAAAUACCAUGGAACAUCUUGAAGACCCCAGGAACCCCCCUGAAUUUUGAAACCCUUAGCUGUAAGAGUACUGGUAGAUUCAUCAGUGGAGUGCCUCCGUAGUUUCUUGUGUUUGUGCCUCUACACACAAUGGACAGACAAGCUUCAACAAUAUCCCAUGUUGUAAAUUUUGUACAUACAUCUCAUGAAAGUGCAAUAGUAGCUUGUGAUCUGUAACAUACUGAUGUCAUCACUGUAGAUAGACAGGUUUUAAUGGGGAGGGGUGGGGAGGUUGGGUCAGAUAUGUAAAUAAUAAAUUCAUAAUUCCAAAUUUCACAAUUGGGGUCUAGGUAGGUUGAGUCCAGAGAUGGGAGAAAACAAUAUUGGAUGAGAGUAGAGUUGAUUGAUCAACAUUGAAUAUACUAUGAAAAAUAUGUUGAGUACCACCCGAUUCUAUCAUAUUACUAUAGUUAAUCUUACAUGGCAUGACAGAUGAACAAUGGUAAUAUGAAAGAAUUGGGUGGUCCUUAACCUUUCUUGCGUAGUAUACAAUAAUUGCCCUGUUACACCACAGGAUAGCUAACUUUGGAAGUUACAAUUUACUCAGAUAGGUUUCCAAUAUAACUGAAAUUUUGAAGAUAGAUCAACCCGUAAAGCAAGAAUAUGUGUCCAAUUUAUAUUUCACAAUAUAAUGGAGGUCAUUUGUUGUUUGAGGGAAGAUAACAGAUACAUUUCAUUUAUUACACCUCAAUGUUUUGUUUGUCAAACAUUUCAAAUAUUUUCACAUCAUUUUGAAAAGUAUGUAGUAUGGUCAACAUUAACUGUUUUUCCCAUAAAUCUUUACAUACAUGUAUCUUUUGUACUUGUGUUCAGUCAUGUUGUACUAUGAAUCUGAACAGUGCAGUGUUUAUAACCUUUGUUACAACUUGUACUUUCUGUGUAGGCACUUUCAAAAGCAGUCAAAGCAAUUUUUGUGAGAUUAUUGUUAAUUGCACAGUGUUAAUCAUUCUCCACCACACUGGUAAGCAUUGUAUGUUUCUAGAAUGAAAAGCAUUAUUUCAGCAGAGAAAUCCCUCGUUUACUGUUGAUUUGAGAUGUUCUUCAAGUGCUGUCCUGAAAGCAAGAGCUUGUGACUGGGCAGCUCCUAACACUGCCACGUAGUGUUGUGGAGUACAAGUGUCCCCUGUGAUCUGCUGUACUGUACAUGCCGUAGUUCCUGAAGUUGUGUGCCAGUCAAAGGAGAGAGGGAGUAGACGAGGAAAAGUGCUCUAUGUAUCUCAUUGUAAUGCUUUAACAUGUAAUGUCUCGACUACAUUUUAAUGUGUAUUGUUCUCAUACAGGUUGUUCUGUAUAAUGUAUGUAUGUACUUAAUGUAUAGAUAUUACCCCGGGCAUUCUAGGGGAUAAGUGCCAUACUGCCAGGCACACAAACCCACAUCUACAAAAUACUAUUUCUGUCAUCAUGUGAAACCUGUCCCAUAUUGUUUGUCUGAUUUAUACACAUUAAAUUACACAGUAUGUGAAACUGCUUAUAUUUCAGUGAACAAAUUUAUAUCUUUUUUUUUUAAGAGCGAUGGAUUUUGUUUGUUUCUAAAUGGCAAUAAUAUAAGAUGUCUCUUGAAUGUAGGAAAUAGAAUGUCAGUUGAUUGUCAGGAGUUCAUGGUCACAUUACAAUGUUCAACUGUAUUUAACUCAGUUUAACAUUUUGGGUUGGCAUUACAUGUUUGGAACUUGAUUUUCUAUGAAUAAUAGUUUUGUAUAUACAGGUGUGGUAUGAUAGAUUUCGGCGAUCUUUUUCAGUUUGGAAAUCAGGUGCUUUCUUGAAGAUAAAAUCCUGUCAUUGCACCAGAGCUACAGACAAACAGCGUAUUUGCGUAAAAUACCCCCCCCCCAAAAAAAAUAUUCAAAAUCCAAUUACUUUCAAUAUACUUGUGUACGGAAAUGCAUGCAUUAAAUGAAAAACUCAAAUGUUUAAAAAACAGCUCGUGUAAAUUCCCAAUGAAGCUUUUUCAGCAUGCAUACAAAGGAGCUAAUUUCCUAAACACAAUUACGAGCUAAUUUACUUUCAGCUCAAGCCUGAAAGCCUGGUCAAGCCUAUUUAUUUAGAACAGUUAUAUACAUCUAACACAUUAUUUCUUUUUUAUAUAUAUCUUAAAAUGUUCACUAUUUUUGGGGAAAAUCCAAUAGCGUGAUGAAUAGAUAAGUGAAAAAAAUAUUACCCAAUGAAAAAUGUAAUAACCCAAUUAAAAUAGAAACUGUAGAGUAAAAACUCAAUUGCUCAAAAAGCUAUCUGGAGCUCUGUUGCACAUAUCAGAAUAAUAGAACUAUCCAUGAAAAUGUGAUAAAAAUACACAACAUGAUGAGUGAUGUAAUGAAACAAUCUAACCUAUAAUUAACAAACAUCACCAACACGAAUAAUCUUCAACAAGCGAAGACAUGUAAUAUUACUAAAGUAAUUCCUGCCAUCUUUGUAAGUAGACAGGAAGACAAUUGGGGUUUGCAUUACUUUUGGUUGUUACAGAUUUACUUUGUUAUCUGUUGAUUGUUACAUUAUUUGUUAUGUUUGGCUGUGAGUGGAAAUGAUAUUAGUAAGAAUUCCAUCUGGAAGUAAUCAAUUUUACAUGGUAAAAACGGAUUAAUUGAUUUGGUUGGUUUUUUUCAUCUUUUCUUUAUUUUUGUUCUGAGGACUUUUGAAUCAUUUUUUUCUUCUUUGCUUUUAAGUGCCUUAAUUUUUCAUUUCAAUCAUGAUAAAAUGUGUGACUUUGUCAUCUCCCACAAUUUGCUAUAUUUACUUCUUGUUAGUCAGUUCUGACACAAUACUUCUCAUUUGUACACAGUGAUCUAUGCAUCAUAAGAUCAGGUACCCUAUUUACCACAUGGGUGUGUAACUACCUAAUCAUUCCCUCUUACAUGAUGUUCACAACUCCGAUGUACAAAACAGUAGUGGUGUGAAACCCAAAUUAUGAUUUACUUUUAAGUGUUCUUUCAAUACUUCAAAGGAGCAGAGAUGUGAAUAAUCCAUUAACAGCCAUUGUCACAUGAUUUCAAGGAUUACUGCUUGAAUGCCAAAUGUUAAAGAUAUAAGCAGAUAGCUUUACCCAGACAAUAUCAGGAUGAUGAUCUUAUGUCCAUCUUCCUGAGGCAAAAGAGUUAACUGAAUUUAAAAGUCCAGUUUCCACCCUUGCCGAACUAGGCUGGUAUUAUGGAGUUACAUUUUGGCUGGACUAACGAGUCCAUGCAUAGUCCAAUCAAAA